AUGUUUGAGGGCAAGUACACUACAAUGGGAAGCCGAUCUACACUCCACCCUCGUGUUGUCAAGGCACAGUUGAACCAUCACCUUGAAUGGACCCCCGUCCCCGUUGUGGAGGUCCUCACCCAAAUUGUGGCGAGGGUUUCCAGCUGCAUGUUUGGGGGAACAACAUUGUCGCACAACAAGGAAUGGGUCCAGUCAUCUAUUCAGUUCGCUAUCGACGGUUUUAUCGGAGCUCAAAAGCUAAAGAAGUAUCCCGAGUUCUUGAAGCCAGUUGUAGCACGAUUCAUCCCCGAGAUUCAGAAUAUUGCGAAUCACUAUGCUGCCGCCGAAGCUGCAGCUAUCCCGCUGCUUGAAGCUCGUCAGCGGACCGGAGAGAAAGCAAUGGACUUGCUCUACUGGAUGGCCGAGCAAGCCAAAGGCGAGGAAACAGACCUGAAGUUCCUCGCAAGCAUUCUUCUGAAGGUCAGCUUUGCUGCGAUACACACAAGCGCUGCUGCGCCUGCACAACUCAUCUACGAUUUGUGCGAGCGACCCGAGAUAAUUGAACCGUUGCGACAAGAGGUAAUCAAUUGCACCGGAUCGGAUGGUUUUAUCGACAAGUCUGGUUUCUUAAAAAUGAACAAGAUGGACAGCUUUAUGAAAGAGAGUCAACGAUUCAACCCUCUUCUUCUGAGUAAGACCAUCCCUCCUCAUUUUCAUUACUUGUUGAUUAAUUAA